AUGCUGAGAGAUGAGAACAAAUCAUCCACACUUUGGUCCCACGGCCAGAAAGGGGCAGGCUCGGGGGACGUGGCCCAGGAACCUCGGCUCUUCCCCACUCCGCUGUGUUUCACACCUUGCCACUCAAGGUGUGAUUCAGAGGCCAGCGGCAUCUGUGACGCCGGGGACCUUGUUAGAAAUGCAGGAUCUUGGCCCCAGCUCGGAGUGCAGAAUCGGACCCUGCAUUUCGACAACAUCCUCGGAGCUUACCAGCGCCUCUGGGACUCCUCCCACCUCAUCUUGCAAGAGCUGUUGGGCCAAAAGCAGCCCCUGCUGGAACCCAUGCCCCACCGGGAGCGGCAGUCCUUCCAGUACAGGCUCUCCUCGCUCUACCUGUACUACCUGGGGCUGCUGCGCUGGUUCGACACCCUCUGUGACCAGAUGGUGCAGCGACGGCUGCUGGACGAUGCGGGCCGCGUGCUGGAGCUCAAAGACCAUCUGGUUCGCGUGGACCUGUGCGAGACCCACUGCCUGGACCAAGCGCUGCAGGACUUAAAGCUCACCCAGGCAGACCUGGAGGUUCCAAUUCCCAAAUACUUCCAGCUGGAGCGGUCCAGCAUCCUGAGGGAACGAGAGCAUAUGCUGGCAGAGCUCCUGUCCAGACGAGAGCCAGUGUUCGCCGAGGAGAGCUUUCCAAUAUUACCCCAGACGGAGGCCAUAAUCCUACUGCAAAGGGCCAAGAGGGCCAGGCAAGGCAGGCUUCGAGCCACCUUCAUGUGAGAGAUUCGGAAAAAGGAGGAGGGAGAUUGAAAGAUUCGGGAGGAAGGGCGGCCCAGGUUCAGUCAGGACGAAGCAGCGAUCAUCAUACAGAAGGUGUGGAGAGAUUACCAGCAGAGGAAACGCACUCAGCAGGACCGGCACGAGAUGGAGUUCAUCGGCAUGCUCCCCUCGUCCAGCCAGGCGGAGCAGUCAGACGUCAUGUCCCAGGCCAGCCUCAGGGGGGAUGCCCGGAGACUCCUCCAGACGGAGAAGGAGUUCCAGUCGGCCGUGGUGAAGACCCACGAUGCCCUCAGGGAGACGGAGGGGCCCGACAUGAAAGAGAAAAUGAAGGGGCAAAUCCGAGUGCCAUCAGCCUCAGCUGACCCAACCCUGAGCCCUUCUUUCCCUCCUCAUCCCAGUGUUGAACCCCACUUCUGUUUUGUCCUUUGUGCCUUUACUGGCCGAUUCCCUGAUUAUCCACAUGAGUCUUUAGGCGGAUCCUACCUGAUCUUUGCAGACACGACUCCAGAACAGUUGAAAAUGGAACUGGAGGUGCAGGUCCAGGAGAGCAAAAAAAAGGACAAAAAGAAAAGUAAGGGAAAAGAAAAGGAGAAAAAAGAGAAAAAGAAGAAGAAAAGGAAGGGAGAAAUGACCAGGAAGGGGUAAGCAGAUACGAUGCUGAGAGUACUGCCCUCCAAACCCAUCCCUGUGAUUAAUGCCGGACACGAGGAGUACACAGAUCUGUGGAAGAACCGAUUUGAUAGCCUACAUCAGAGUUUUGACUCUGAGAUCCUCCAGGUAGAGAAGAGGAAGGAAGUGGAGCAAGAGACCAGCCUCCAGGUAAAUAAGCUGAUGCAUCAGGAGCUGAAGAGCCUGCGGCUGGCCGCGGUCAGGGAGGAGGGGAGAUCUUCGAAGUCUCCGAAGGCAAGAUGAGGGAAAAAGGUGGGCAUGAAACCUGAGAAGAGGAAGAAAGAAAAAGAUCUGACCCCAGACAGGUCUGUGGACUCCCUGUUUGAAGAACUCAUCAUCUUUGGCCUUCUACAGAAGUGCGAGACACCGGCUUUGAAAGACUAUGUUGGUGACUGCCUCUGUCUUGGAUGGACUCUGAAUUUGGCAAACAGGCUGCCUAUGCCUUCCCUGUUUGACAUAUGACAGAAUGUGGCCUUGUAUGGGGUUCUGCGGCUUGGCUCCCCAGACAUACACUUCAUGGCUCCCCUCAUCUGCUCCAUCCUCCUGGUGGGCCCCUCGGGCAUGGGGAAGAAGACGCUGGUCAAGGCCGUGUGCACGGAAACCGGUGCCAACCUUUUCGACCGGUCACCUGGCAACCUGCAGGGCAAAUGUCCCGGCAAGACCGGGGUGCAGACGUGGGUGCAUAUCGUCGUUAAGUUGGCUCGGUACCUACAGCUCUGGAUUGGGAAUGCGGAGAAGAAUUUCUAUAAGCGAGUCCCAAAAAAAGACAAGGAGAUGGACCCCAAGCGAAUAAAGAAGGACCUCACCAAGGCCCUGUGACUGCUGAAUCCUGGAGACCGCACAAAGCUGAUCGGGACCACUGACCGGACGCAGGCGCCUGAGAUGAAGGGGCUGUGCCGCACCUACGAGCGGAUCCUCCUGCCGCGGCCCGAUUAUGCUUCUCGCUGUGUGCUCUGGAAGCAUAUGAUAGAGGCCCAGGGAGUCCAGGUGACCCAGAGCCUGGACAUCAGUGCCCUGGCCAAGGUGGCUGAUGGCUACACACCUGGCUGCGUUCUCCAAGCCAUCCAAGCAGUGCUGACGGAACGGCGGCUCCUGUAAUUGUCCAAGCGGCCCCUGGUGGCCUCAGAGAUCCUGCGGCACCUGGCGAAGCUGGACCCGGUGUACAGGGAGGAGGAGGAGUCCCUGGAGGACUGGUACUUCAAGACCCCGCUGGGCGAGAAGAGGAUGAAACUCAUCAAGGACCAAGAUGCCGCCAAGGAAGCCAAGCUGGCAAAGGAGGAGAAGAAAAGGAAGUGAUGCUGAGGCCGGAGUGCCUGAGAUUAGCGAUGGGAUGGUGUGGGGGGGGGACCCCACAGGCGAAGGGGCCAGGGGCAGAGGGAUAAACGGCCAGACGGCGCGGGCACCUGCUCUCUUUGCCCAUCUCCGUGCUUCCCGUCCCUGGCUCUGUGCCCCUGCCCGCGCCCAGCCUCUCCUGACCUCCCAUCCAGACCCCACCUGGGUCUUCACCUCCUGUCAUUCUACUGUCCUGUCUCCCCAGCUCUCUUCCUCCUCGAGGUAUUUCAGGGAGAAAAACAAGAAAAGAAAGACAAAGGGAAAGAGGAGAGAGGGGAGAGAGAAGGUCUGUAGUAAGUAUGGAAAAAGAAAAAAGCCAGAGUCUGGGCACCAGUGGACCCUGGUUCUAGCCCCACUUGGCACGAACCUCCUGUGGUCUUGCACGGUACUUUCCUGUCUCUGGGCCUCAGUUUCCCUAACUGCGGAGUGAGGAGAGGUUGGAUCCACUAAUCUACAAGGUCCCUUCUACUCUAGGGUUUGGUUAUUUCUACAAGAGCCUCUGGGAAGUCGGGGAGGUGAGGGCUCUGGGGCAGCGGUUGGGCGGGGUAAGGUGGGGAGAGAAGGUUCUAGGGAAAAAGGCUGUAGGGAAAGGCAGGUGUUUGUGGCCACAGCAAGGGCUGCGGGUAGAUCCAGUGCCUUCUAUGCGAAUGCUCCACCGCUUUCCUCUGGACACCACCCCUCCCCCCCUACCUGCCCAAGCUCUGCACUGCUUGCUCUGACCCGCGGGGGGCUUGCAGGGGUCACAGCCUCCUGCCCCUGGUGGAAGUCCACCCGCGGGCUCCCCUUGUUGUGGGAGCUGGAGUCCGGGAACUCGAGGAGCAGGGGACAACCAUGCCACCGAGGGCUGGGAGCCCCAGAGUUCUCUCCGAAGAAGCCAGGUGGGAGUAGUCUCAUCCUCCACCCUAAGGUGCCCGAAUGGGCAGAGCCACUUCCUCCUCACUCUCCAGCUAGGAUGUCUGGGCUAUUCAAGGGCUAUUUGUGGCGUGGCCUCUGUGUGCUCCCUGCCCCUCCCACACCGGACCUGCGCCUGGCUUGGGCCCAGCACCUGCCCACCCAGUCCGCCAGCGGCAUCGCCCUGUG